AUGAACGUCUCCGCAGUGUGCCUCUCCAUCAUCCUCAUUGCUGCUCUCUUUUCUCAGGCCUGUCUUGCUCCAAUUGGGGCUGACACAACCGUGUGCUGCUUCAGCUACACCUUACGAAAGCUGCCCCAGAGUCAUGUGAAGGAUUAUUUCUACACCAGCAGCAAGUGCUCACAGCCAGCAGUUGUGUAA